CGCGGAGAACACCAGGAAGUUCCAUAACACAGACAGACUUUCAUAAUAAUCCAGAUUUAUGAUCUCACGCUGAUGGAUUUCGGGAAGGAGCGAGUGGUCGCGCUGGUGGACAUGGACUGCUUCUAUGUGCAGGUGGAGCAGAGACUGAAGCCCGAGCUGAAGAACAAACCCUGCGUUGUGGCGCAGUACAAGACCUGGAAAGGCGGAGGCAUUAUAGCGGUGAGUUACGAGGCCAGAGCUCAUGGAGUCGGCAGGAACAUGUUCGCGGAUGAUGCCAGAAAGCUGUGUCCAGAUCUGCAGGUGGCUCGGGUCCCAGAGGCUCACGGGAAGGCGGAUCUCACACACUACAGGGAGGCGAGUGUGGAGGUGAUCGAGGUGAUGUCCCGCUUCGCUGUGAUCGAGAGAGCCAGCAUUGACGAGGCCUAUAUGGACCUGACGGCCAGCGUUCAGGAGCGCCUGAAGAACACCAGUGUGCAGGACAUCACGGCGCAGCAGCUGAAGAACACACACAUUCAGGGUUUCCCUACACAGCAGGAGAACACACACCUGGACAGAGAUGCGCAGCGGGCCGCAGGUCUGCAGCAGUGGCUGGAUCUUCUGUCCUCCAGCACUGAAUCUUCACCUGCGGAUCUGCGUCUGGCCGUCGGGGCUCUGAUAGUGGAGCAGAUGAGGGCUGCUGUGGAGGAACACACCGGGUUUCGCUGCUCCGCCGGUAUCUCACACAACAAGGUGUUGGCCAAGCUGGCAUGCGGACUAAACAAACCCAAUCGCCAAACCGUGUUGCCGCUGAGCUCCGUUCCUCAACUCUUCAGCACUCUUCCCAUCAGCAAAAUUCGUAAUCUGGGAGGGAAGCUGGGCUCGUCCAUCACGGAGACUCUGAGUGUGGAGAACAUGGGAGAUCUGACCCGGUUCAGCAGAGCCCAGCUGGAGCAGCACUUCGGGGACAAGACCGGGCCGUGGCUCUAUGAUCUGUGUCGAGGGAUUGAGUUUGAGCCGGUGAAGCCUCGUCAGCUGCCCAAAUCCAUCGGCUGCAGCAAGAACUUCGCUGGGAAAACCUGCCUGCGCACAAAACAACAGGUUCAGUACUGGCUCCAUCAGCUGGCUCUAGAGUUAGAGGAGAGACUCAAUAAAGACAGAGAUGUGAACGGUCGAGUGGCCCGGCAGCUGACGGUGGGUGUGCGUCAGGCUGGAGGUCAGAGGUCAGGCAGUUUCUCGCGCUGCUGUGCUCUCGUGCGCUAUGAUGCGAUGAAGAUGACCAACGACAGCCUGACCAUCAUCAAGAGCCUGAACACUGCUGGAGCACACCAGGAGGCCUGGUCUCCAGCGCUGACUCUUCUCCAUCUGUCCGCCAGUAAGUUCAGCGACGCUCCCUCAUCCUCAUCUGCAGGAAUAACCGGCUUCCUGAGCAGCGACGCGGCUUCAUCUCCAUCACAGAGCUCCAGCAGCCAGCGGAGCCCGAUGGAGAGACCAGCGCAGAAGAGGAAACGACAGCAGGACCAGCGCCAGCGCGAGAACACCACUAGUAUAUCCGCAUUCUUCCAGAGGAAGAGCCUGGAGAAACAGGAGAUCCAGAACUCUCUCUGCCCUGGAGAUCAGAGCACGAGUGCUUCAGGAGAACAUGCAUGCGGAGAUACAGCCGCUCAGAAAACCACAGCAAUCUCCACAUUCCUCCAGAGAGAGAGCCUGGAGAAACAGGAGAUCCAGAACGUCAGCCUCGAUGAUGAAGACCAGAGCGUUUGUGCUCCAGAAGAAAACACAUGCAGGGAGAAACCUGCAGGAAUCUCCACGUCCCUCCAGAUGAAGAGUCUGGAGAAACACCAGAUCCAGAACUCUCUCUGUGUUGGAGAUCAGAGCGUUCGGGCUCCAGGAGAAAACCCACCCAGAGAGCAAACCUCUGAUGAAAGCCCUGCAGGAAUCUCCUCGUUCUUCCAGAUGAAGAGUCUGGAGAAGCACAGGAUCCAGAACUCUCCCUGCACUGGAGAUCCUAACAUCCGUGCUCCAGCAGAAAACACAUCCAGAGACCAAACGUCUGAGAGAAGCACGUCAGGAAUGUCCGGCUGUUUCCAGCAGGCUGUGGCUCCUGCAGGCGAGCGUGUGUGUUCUCCAGCAGAGGAGGAUCUGCAGGUGUGCGAGCGCUGCGGGAUGAAGGUGCUGGUCUGGGAGUUUCCAGAACACGCUGAUUAUCACUUCGCUCUGGACCUGCAGAAGUCCUUCUCUUCGGGGUCUCCGAGCCAGAUGAAGACCCCGAGCGGCUCGCAGGCUAAAAGAGCCCGAGUUCAGGAACCCCGCGGCACGCUGCACAGCUUCUUCAAGAAGACCUGAGGAUCUUCACUGCACUUCUCCAGCAUCAGGUUUGAGCCCUUCGUGUUGUUGACAUAAUAAAUAAGCCGAUGUUGUACAGAAUCGCGGUUCAUAAGCCAUGUUUAUUCCUCUUCAGUCAGUGAAACGUCUUCAUUUACACAUUUAUGUCACCAACUGAGUUUCUUCUGUCGAACACUAAAGAAGAUAUUUUGAAGAAUGUUGGAAACCUGUAACCAUUGACGAACAUUGUGUUUGUUUUUCCUCCUAUCAAGCUGAAAGUUUAUUUUUAAAGCACUUUUCCCCCAAAACAGGCGCAUCAGAUGAACAAAACUAUAUAAUUAAAAAAUAAAACGUUGAGAAAUAUCCUCA